AUGAAAAUCGCUUUGUUGGUGGGUUACAUUUUCUUCUGCUCCUUCUGGACCAUCGGUGAGUAGGACUGUGAAGAAAAAAACAAGCCACUCGUGUGUUCGUUCAUUGAAACUUAAGUAAACACGGAUACUUGUGCAUGUAUAAUACUUCGCUGGUGUGCUGAUGUGUCUGGAGAGUAGCAUAGUUGUUUCCGUUUGGCGUAAGAAACUGCAGUAUUAGGCACAACAAUUAGUUGUCACUCCUAAAUCGGAAAAUCACGUCAAAUCGAAGCCACCACCCAGAACGGGUAUCUGUUUACACAGAAUCGAAUGAUCGACUUAAACAACAGCUCGUUAUGAUGAAUCGAAAUUUGGGCGGGAGGGAAUAAUUAACUUGACGCGAAAUUUUUGUACAACUUCUGUUUCCACUUAGCAGCGGCGAAAGAUCUGCGGAGCGAUCUUAGCUAAGAAUGCAAUGGACGUGAUGCAUGUUGUGAGUUUUGUUGACACAUCGUUCUUGGUUAACUCAGGCAACAUUGCUAGCCUUGAAAUGGAAAAUGAGGGUUGCUAAUGGCGGUUAGCCACUACUCUGGAUUAGUUGUAAACUAUACCAAACCUGAGAAUCGAAUUUAUUAGAGUACUCGGACUUCUAAACCAACCAAAUAAUUUGUGUAACAACGCUUUGCGAGUCGCUAAAUCACUGUUUAGACUGAAGAUUUACGAUAAUCAAAGAAAACGACAUCCAAUGCCGAAGACUUGUUGUAAGUCAUUGCAAUCCUCACAAAUCAAGUUUUAAAUCUAUGUUCUGAUUAUCGACCCUAGCAUCUCCGAUGUUUUUCUCUUUGGAAGUGGCUCCGUAGAUCCUUGUCAGGCUCUCAUGGGAAAGAAAUUCCUUGAAAGGUCUUACGGCGGUUCUUUGCUGAUUUUCACGGAAAGUCGAAAAGCAACUGAAGCGUAACCUGCGACUCAUCUCCAGGGAGAAAAAAAACGACAAUAAAUUUCACGAUGAAUUCCCUUUUUUGCGUUAUGUGAAUAACAGUCAUGUAGUUAGUGAUGUGCAAUAACUACUUGCUGCAUGUCCAGUCGUCAGCCCAUAGGGGGUAAAGAUUAAAAAAGGGGGUUAAUGUAGAGGGAAAACCGUCUGACAAACGCCCUAUCAAGGACUAGAAGCUAAUGGCAGGAAAAAUGUAUCCCCGGUUGGAGAAACCUCCUGUGACCCACUAUACAAAAGCAACCAGCCUUAUUUUCAGCUUCCCCCCUCCCCCACCCACUUUUAGAAAAUCAGUAAGUAAAUCAUACUGUCUUCACAGGUACUUUCAAAAUGCACUGUUAUUACUGCACUGGCCGGAGUUUUGAGGAAUGUCAAAGAAAUCUUAAAUCGGAUGAGACCUAUGACAACAUUGCAUGUAUGCAAUAUCAUGCCAGGUUCGACAAUGGAUCAGUGAAAAUGGAUACUUUUGGCAAAGCGGCCGUACCUAAAAGUUCCUGUGAACAGUUCAGCAAAGGAAACUUUACCGAAGAAUGCCACCAUCCUUUCUAUGAAUGCAGAGCAAAGUGCUGCUAUGAAGAUUACUGCAACAAGGGAAAUAUUCUGGACACAACUGAUCAAGAUUCCAGCUCCAAGAAAGCAGUUUAUAUCAACGAUGGUGUCGUAGCCAUGGGGUUGUUGUUAGGUGUGUCUCUUUCAGCUUUUAGUGUAAACUAG